UCUUGAGGGCGGUGCCUACCUACUAGCUGCCGGGGUAGGCUGGGCUGUUGUUUGUGGAGGAAAAAGUACUUUUAAAAAGUACAACAAACUACUCUUCCAAAAAUGGGAACCCGAGACGACGAAUACGACUAUUUGUUCAAAGUCGUGCUCAUCGGAGACUCCGGCGUGGGGAAGAGUAACCUGCUGUCGCGCUUCACGAGAAAUGAGUUCAACCUGGAGAGCAAGAGCACCAUCGGGGUGGAGUUCGCCACCCGCAGCAUCCAAGUGGACGGCAAGACGAUAAAGGCUCAGAUUUGGGACACGGCUGGACAGGAACGCUACAGAGCGAUCACCUCGGCGUAUUACCGGGGGGCCGUCGGAGCGCUCCUGGUGUACGACAUCGCCAAGCACCUGACGUACGAGAACAUCGCGCGCUGGCUGAAGGAGCUGAGGGACCACGCCGACAACAACAUCGUCAUCAUGCAGGUCGGGAACAAGAGCGACCUCCGCCACCUCAGGGCCGUGCCCACCGACGAGGCUCGCGCCUUCGCAGAAAAGAACGCUAUCUCAUUUAUUGAAACCUCCGCCUUGGACUCCACUAAUGUAGAAGAAGCCUUUAAGAACAUUCUCACAGAAAUCUACCGCAUUGUGUCUCAGAAGCAAAUAUCGGACCGAUCUGCACACGACGAGUCUCCCGGCAACAACGUAGUGGACAUAAGCCUCCCCCCGACCACGGACGGCCAGAGGGGCGGCAAGCUCCCCUGCUGCCAGAGCCUGUGACGCUCGCGUCUCCUCUUCCCGUUUGACUCUGUCGGUCUGUUCAUCUCCUCUUCACCUCUGGUUUACUUCAGUUGUCAUGCUGCUGUCGGCGCGAAGCCCUCCUGGGCUCAAAAGUCUGUGACACCAAGACUCCUCCUGUACUUGACAUUCCUUUUUUUUUCCUGUUUUACUUUGUUUGUUUUUAUUAUUAUUUUUGUAUCUCCUUUCCUCUUAAUUCUCCAUUCUCAGAAGAACCUGUCUACGAGAAUUAACGGCCUGUGACGGACAGGAGGACGGAGUGCACCGCUCCGGUGAAGUCGAUCCUCAGUUAACUCGCCUUUAUGGUCCUAUUGAACCGCUCCUGUUGAAGGAAUGGUGAGGGAUCCGUGUGUCAGCGCUUCAAGUGGUUUGUUCCCUGGUUUUUUUCUUUCUUCUCACCUCCCAAUGACACAGACUCUUGCCAUGAUCUGCUGCUACUGUGGAAAUCCCAAAUUUCAUGUCUGGUUGACCUGAUUCUGCCUGUCGCGCAGUGCGGGUGUAGAAGAGAUGAGAAGAAGGUACCACUGGAGUAUUGAUGUGUCCUCUGCUCUCUCUCUGGAUUUUCUAGUCGCCUCCUUUUUUUAAUUUUUUGCUCCCCUCUUCGAGCCCAAUGUGUCGUGAAAUUAGCAUGAGCCAGGGACCAGCCUGGCUGUGACUGGCUAACUUUAUUAUGGGCAAGUGUGACAGAAUUAAAGUGAUUUUUAUUUGUGUGUGUGUGUGUGUGUCAGUCUUGGGGCACAGAGAUACCAAAGUAGACGGAUGCAAUCUUAUCGGUUUCUGGUGUUUUCCCAUUAAGUGUGUUCAAGGCUGCUAAAGUUGCUGUAUUUGGCGAACCAAUCCACACUAUUUGCUAAAGAUCUGUAACGCUAAAUAGCUUAAAUUAAUGCUAGAAAUUGUGUCGUGUGUGUGUAGUUUAUUUUUGUGUGAUUUAUUAGUUUAAUCAGCCUGGAUCAAAUUUGGCUGAGGUCAAAAUCUUUCUUUUAACAAGCUGUCGGGGGGAAAAUGAAAAUCUCUUUUGCACUUACGUCGCAUCAUUUCAGCGGAACAAAUCAUCAUGCUUUUUAUUUUGCUUUUUUUUUGUUUAAACUCGAACAUCAUUUUGCUGUUGUAAAGACACAGAGCAAUAAGUGUGGUGUCUUUUUGUCUUUUUAAAGAGCUGUUUUCCUCACAUGUACUCUACUCCCCUUUUUUUGUUUUGUUGUUUUCCUCCGAGUGUGACCUGGUAAAGGGAAGCGUGUAAUCUGAGAACCUUUAAAUGGAAAAUAAACCAAUAUAAAAAUACUCUACGUAUCUAAACACUUUCACUCGAGCCAGCUGGGGAAAGUGGAUCUGAAAAUCAGAAAUGCUAAUUGUUUGUGUGCUUGUCUGAAACGCCUCUUCCUCGUCUGGGAGAAAUGCUCUGUGCGUUAUUUGAUUUGAUGCGUUGUGAUUUUUCACGUUUCUUCCACAGAAAAAAAAGAAAAUAUGUAAAGGCAGCAAAUUUGUUUUUGUUGAUUUUGCAUUACACAGAAAAAAUACUGAAGCUUAAAUAAAUAAAACUUAACUCAUGUAACCGUA